AUCUAGAAAGAAGCAGUUGGUCCCCGGCUUCAUUCGAGUUGUCAAGUCUCACUAACGCAGAAGCACAGGUCAUUUCUCCAGGCUGAGUUGGCCUGUGUGGGCGUUUAGCUGGUUUUCUCCACCACCUCAUAAAGGCUAUCCUGAUCAAAUUUCUCCAUGGCUUGUAUUGAGAAUGUAAGCCUGGGGAGACAUGCUCCUUCACCCAUAGUCGGCACUAUGGACAAAAAUGGAAACCAAGAUCUGCACCAGGACAUGCCCAAGGAAUGUCUGAGUUCCAUGCUAAGGGAAGAUGUGGAGCCCUGGGGCCACACUCACGUCCCGCUGAGAUCUUCCUUCAACGUGCUGACCGAUUUGACAAGACAGCAACUGGAGCGACCCUCUGAGAGAACAGGAUCCUGCAUUCCUGUUGUUAGUUCCAGAGCUCUUAGACAGCCUUAUGGGCCACCACCUGCUGUUGCGGAAGAGUCCCUAGCAACAGCAGAAAUAAAUAGCUCUGAGGGGCUGGCAGGCCGGAGGCAAAAGGGACAGGAUUCUAUUAAUAUGUCCCAGGAAGUCUCUGGUGGCCCUCCUGCACUGAUGGUAGGGGGCACAAGAGUCAGCCAUGGAGGCACUGAGAGAGGUGGCAAUAAUGCCAGGUUUUAUUCGACUUUGCCAAGGGGUAAAGGUUUCUUUCAACCCAGGAUCCCACAAGUAAGAGGCCCUCCACAAAUCCCUACCCUUAGAUCCGGGAUAGUGAUGGAGGUACCUCCAGGAAAUCCUAGAAUGGCCUGCCAGAGAAGGCUGGCUCAUGUUUCCUUCCCUCCGGGAAGAGCACGACACCCCAUGGAUAGGUGGCCAAGGCCUAUCCCACUGUCUUCCAGUACUCCAGGUUUACCUCCUUGCUCUACCGCUCAUUGCUUCAUAUCGCCACAGCCUCCAAGUUUCAAUCCCUUUCUUGCUAUGCCCAUUGCUUUUGCUCCUCCCCCAAUAUUUGCUCCUCCACUGCCCUCUUAUUUUGCUCAUUUCCCUUCCGGGGGAAUGCUGGUUGCUUCAUCCUCAAGCAGAGAGCAUAACUGAGUGCAGAGAAGGAAGGAGAAAGAAAAAGAUUAGGAGGAAAAGAUUCAAGUUAUUAGUUCAUGGUUUUUGUAGUUGAAACCUCCUACCUGUCACACUGAAUGUGCCUUAUAUACUUGGAGAUUCAAUAAAAUUUCCACAACCUGAAAAAAUUGUGAAUUUUUU